AUAGACGUGUAAUGGCAUUGAUCAUGUACAUACGCCAUCUUGUCUCACAGCAUAGAUAAUUAUAGUUCAACAUAAUUAUCGAUCUCCGAAGCUUGGACAUAGUUUUUUGAUGUUGCUUUAAGACGAUCAUUUUCCUUUUCAAACGAUGGUCAUGUAAGGUGAUGCCAUAAUAUGUCAAUGAAGAUAAGUCUGGAUUACACCUUCAAGUUGUGCUGAAUCGGGAACUACGCCAAUCUACGGCGAAUGUCUGAUGAACGUAACAGCCUAAAGAGAGAGCUUACCAAAUCAGAGAUCAUCAUAGACGGUGACGUCAUAAUACAUCAGAGAGGAUCAAUAAAAACAAGCCUGGAGUACACCAUCAACUUUCUGCUGCAUCAGCAACCACGCCAUCUUCGGCAAAUAUUUGAUGAAUAAGAUCAGAUCACUACUUCAAUCACCAUGGCAGCUAAUUUCUCCACAGACCAACAAUGUGAAGGAAAGGAGUGUCAAUCAAUCACAGAUGUGACGUACUACGUGGAGGAGAAGAAGAGACUAUGUGAUGACUGCGCCUCUAAAGAAGAAUGCAUCGCAAGACUUAAAAGAGGCGUUCCAAAUAUUUAUUGUGAAGAACAUGAUGAAAAGGUAAAAUUAUAUUGUAGAACUCAUGGUAUACCAUUGUGUUAUUCAUGCGCUAUGAUCAAACAUCAACAGCCUUGUGAGCAACAAGAUAUUAAUGAUGCAAUAAAAGAAAGUGGGGCGAGGCUAACAGUUCUAAAAGAAAGAGCGAGGGACAAAGUGAAAGAAGGUCGUCUUUAUGAAGAUGAAAUUGACCAAUGCACGAAAGACACAGACACACAUCUACAAGCUUUGGAAGAUGAAGUUAAUUCGAUAAUCAAGGCGGCGAUCAACGCAGAUAAAGUCAAGGAGACGACGGAGGCUGACAAAAUCAACCAAGAAUUUGAUGAUCAGAAUCAAGUACUUCAAGAAGAGAUUCUGAAGAUCAAUGAGAAGAUUCGAAAGAACAAUGAAGAGAGAGAGAAACAACUUGAAUUAAUCCAUACAAAUGCACAGAUUAGACAAAGACAUAUUGACAGUAAGAAGAUUGGUCUUCAUAGAGACAUUGAUAACAUUGUUAAAGAGAAGGAUGGGAAGAUAAGAGAGUUGAUGAAAUCAUUGCAGGAUGACACAAAAACAAUAGAGAAUGCAAUACAGACCAUAGAUACAGUACUAGAAGACGAUAAAAACAUUGUUAAAGACGGUCAUAGUGUGAACAUGUCAGUGAUUGAUAAACUAAAGAAACCACUUUAUAAGAAUGAUGUGAAACAAAUCACUGAUAGAAUAUCAGGUGUGAGGUUUGUGAAGAGUGUUGGGAGAGAGAAGUAUGAUGGUAGGAUUGGUGGGUAUGAUGGCGAGUGGAUGCUUAGUGAUACAAUCAGUGUCAAAGAUAAAUUCACAUCCCCAAUUAUUUUGGGUUGCAUAGAUGAAUGUAAUGUGAUCAUCACCGACUUACAUUGCCAUACAUACAUGUUAGAUAUGAACACUAAACACAUCCAGAGAGUGAUAACGGGUACUGGUACAUCAUGUGUUAUCUCCUGUGCAUUACUGAAUGAUGACAAGAUAGUAUGCGGUACAGGCCGUGUAAGUCGUUAUGGGAUAUUUUCUACUGGAUCCAUCAGUGUGUAUGACAAACAAUGGAUGCACAUUAAUGACGUCACAAUACCAAGAAACAAAUCUCACGAUAUCUCGUCAUCUUCUGGUCGCUUAACUCGUCUUUUCUCCUGGUUAAGUUUUGAAGGGGUUACGCUCACAACGAACGAUAUAUCAUUGGUGAAUGUAACUGUUGACCGUGAUGGGAUGAUCAUCGCUGCUGGGUGGUAUCAGUCUAAGAUAUACGUCAUCAACCCAGCUGAUAGUAAGAUCGUGAAUACCAUCACAUGUAAAGAGAAUGUAGCUUUGCGAGGUGUGCUAUCAUCAGGUCACAUCAUCGCUCUACCUUACCCUCUUGAUAAGAGAGUACUAAUCAUAGACAGACAGGGUGGUCAAAGGGAAAUCCCCCACAGUGACGUCAUCUUGAAUGUGUGUGUUGAUCCUAUAACAGACGACCUCUACGUCGUGACAUCAGAUGAUGAGUACAAGACGUGUGCGAUUGAUCAGGUGAUGAGUGGGAAUGAAGUGAAGAAGAGAAGAGUGACGUCAUUCCCUCUAUCAACUAGACUGACUGAUCAAUGGACUGUGGAGCUUAGGCAAUAUUACCUUUUAUCAUCUCGUGUAAUGAUCUCAUCAUCAGGCAAGAUAAUUGCUUUUGAUGGAGACAGUAUUCUUGUCUUCGAAAAGCGACUCACAUUCUAAACGAUGAUAUGUCGGGAUCAUUCACUAUGAUGAAUAUGAGACACACUGACCAGAACAAUACCAUCUUUGGACAAUUUAAAUAUCUGUAGCAGUGAGGCCUAAUAAGACUUAAUAACUCUGAUCCAUUUUACACAUCACGGUUAACAAUAGGCAUUGCUUUAAAAAACAUAAAUAAACCCCAUAACUCCCGCAUCCAAGAACAUGUAUCAUGCAUAUGGAAAUAGGUUUCUAUAUCAUUGGUUGAAAAUAUUAUUGGCGAGGUCAUAUUGCAUAAAAUAUGACGAGCCGUCAUCAUCAUCAUCAAGCCUACACGCCACGAUGGAUUUCCUUUAGAAAGUAUUGCUUUGCAAAAUGUAUAAUACAUCUUGUAAUACUUAUUUUCACAACUUAUAUUACGACUAAUACUACAGUUUUGUUAUAUAAUACCUUUGUAUAUUUUGACAUUCUGAUACCGUUGUGAAUGCAGAAAUAAAAGGAAAUCAAAAUAAAUAAAGUCAUAGUGGCAUAAUGCCAUAUUUUAUAUUUCCAUAUUUUCUGGUAUUUGAAAGAUAGAUAACCAAACACACUUCCGAUUUGAAGGUGCAGACAUUGAUCAGAUUCUACUGAGUGCAGUGGCUGAACAACUUAAUUCAAGAAUGUACAAGAAUCCAUAGAUUUAUCGUAAAAUUGAACAAAGAGAUAUAAAUCAAUACAGAUUGGAAUCAUUUUUUCUCAAUUGGACUGGUAAUCCUCACUUAGCGAAUGAAAUAUGCAUUCUUUUUAUGGACAAGGUUUAAAUUACUUCCAUAAAAAUAUGCCAUGAGCCUGUCAGACUUCUAAUUUAAACAUUGGUGUCACAUUUCUGUUUCAAUCUCAUCUGUUUCACUUGCCAUCCUAAUAGCAAUUAGAUUUCUAUCAGCGAACAAACUAAGAGCAAAACACUAACAAGACUGAUUGGAAUACGAUUCAAUGUAGAUUUAUUAAUUUUGGCCUUUUAAGUGCAAACAUAAGGGACCCCGUCGUAUAAAAAAUAUUAACUUUUAGCCCAAAUAUUGGCCAAGAGCGUUUUUCUUAAAUAUAUUUUCCUUUCAGCAUCAUUCUUUUAUCAAAUAAACUAAGAAAUAUAAUACAAGGUUUAAUGAAUUCAACGGUGUAUAUAAAGUAAAUAACGUAUAAGAUUAAGGGAACUUGGCGCGCCAAGUCGACUGCUAAUUGCAAAUACAGAUAUGUAACAUAAAUAUGCACAAUACUUAUUAAAGGGGGACACAUGGAUAUUUCACAUGCUUAUGUUAUGUUGCAUGGUUGACUGGCAUGAAGAGAGAUAGAGAGAGAGAUAGAGAGAGAGAGAGAGAGCGCGGGGGCUAAUAGGAAGAUAAAUGUAAGAUGAUUGGACAGAAAGAAAGGAGGGAGAAGAUGAUGAGUAGAAUCUGUUUCAACAAUAUACAUCGAUCCCUUAAUAUACUGUAUAGUCAUUUCUAUGUGCAGUAGGUCAAUUGAGUUUGCUAAAAACGUUACUGAGAGGGUUAAAAGUUGUGCAAUGUUUUUUUCAAUAGAAUGUUUAUUCGAGAAAAAAAUUCUAUAUUUUGACAUAAUUCAUAUACUGAGAAACCAGUGAACUAACACUUGAUAAAGUUAUGAUAAAAUCAUUGUAUUUACACGAAAUAUAUUCAGCCAUUUUUUAAACAACCUUUAUGAAAGGCAGACCCACUAUGUACAGUAUAACUGAAAAUGGUGAAUUUUAAAAUAACAGUUUGCUUUUGAAUAUUUGUUUUCAAUCAGACCAUUAACAAUAAUGAUCAAUAUCAGAAUCAUGUAAAAUAAAUGUUUAUUCAUCUUGGCCUUAUUUACAUACAGAAUUGUAAGCCUUGCGUAAGAAAUAUUUUGUUUUGAAAUGUAAUACUGUAAAUAGUUCAGGUUUUUUUUAUAGUUAUGAAACUAUCAUUAUGUAAUAAGAAUUCGUCUUUGAUUGAUGUUGAUGGUUCCAUAGCAAAAUCAAACUGCAAAUUGGUUCAAUCUUUUAUGCACAAUAUAAACAUAUAUUUGGGAAAUUAUGUGUAUUUCUCUUAUACAUGAGACUUAAGUGAUUUUUGUUUGAACAUAAGGUUUAUAUAUUAUACCUUAUUCUUUAUAUUCAUGAUACCAUACUGCUCAAUAUGGUGACAAUGAUGAUGAUGAUGAUGAUGAUGAUGAUGAUAAUGAUAAUGAUGAUGAUGACGAUGGUGAUGGUGAUGGUGAUGAUGAUGAUGAUGGUGAUGAUGAAGAUGAUGAUAAUGAUGAUGAUGAUCGUGAUGAUGAUAAUGAUGAUGAUGACGAUGGUGAUGGUGAUGAUGAUGGUGAUGAUGAAGAUGAUGAUGAUGAUGAUGAUGAUGAUAACGAUGGAGAUAAUAUUGAUAAUAAUGGUGACGGCCAAGAAUACAGUGAUUAGUAUAAGAAUUUUAAUCUGUUAUUUAAAGAUAAAAGAUAACUGUAUAAAUAAUGUUGUUAUCGAUUGCAUUUUAUAAACUUGUCGUGGCCGAGUGGUCUAAGGCGCCUGGCUAUACAUUGAAAGUCCGGGGUUCGAUCCCAGGCCGCGUUACCUAUGCCCGUGAGCAAGGCAUGUAAUCUAAAAUUCUCUUUUAUCCUGCUUUCAAAUAGAUGGAAAUGCUUUGUGCAUUAUUGGUAACUAGGUGUGCACUUGUUUAAAAAAAAAUAGGUGAACGGUAAAGAACAAUAUGCGCGUAGAAAUUUUGAAUUAGUUCAUUCUUAAUUAUGUUAAUAAUAUUAAUGCUAUUUUUUGUCGGUGAGAUUAUUAUUCUUCUUCAAUGGUUUUAGUUUGUACGUGUCCAGUGAUAUGAUAUGAUGAAAACCAUGUUACAUAACCUCAUACUCUUUCAAUUUGGUAGAAAUCAUAAUGCUUGUUUUUUUACAGUGAGUUUAAUUGAAAACAGUUCAUUCAAUAAUAACUUUGCAACUUUGACACUCUUUCGUCUUCAGCGUAGUGCAGAGAUCACUUGGUAAAAAACUUGUUUAAAAAAUUGUUUUAAAAUCAUCAUAUCGUAUCUCCUUAUCAACUAUGAGAAAGAAUUAUCAAUAUAAUUGUGGUUAAAAUAUAUCAAAUGAUUAUAUAAUGUGUUAAUGGUAUGUCCAACGUAUCAUUUAAAGCCCUUAAUGUGUAUGAUAAGCGCAUGAGGUAAGUAAUAUUAUUCCUUAAUGCGAUAUAUUCUCUAAUAAAAUUAAGUACAGUAGUGCUAAAAAAAAUAGUGAACCCACCAGAAAAUGAACAUAUAUUUGAAAUUGUUCAAAUUCUGCCAUCUUUUAAAACAUUUUAUUGUGCGGUCAGGUGACAAAAUAUAACAUUCAAGAUUGUUUGGUUAACAAUCCAGGUGAAGUGGGAUUCACUCACUUUGAAGCAGCACUGUAUAUUUAAUCGUCAUGAAUCGUAAAUUAAAAAAAAUCAUUUCAGUUUAUUGAUGAGGCGGGGUUUUUUAGUAGCUGGCCAUUUGAGACACAAACUAUGAAAAAUAUUUUUCCCGCCAAACAUUUAAUGAUAUAUUUCUCAGUUAUUUCUAGCCUUUCGGAGAACCUACAUGGCCUUAAGAGAAUUUUAACUUUAAUAACUUCUUUUAUUUUUUUUAAUCUCACUUUGAUUCGUUUGCGCGUAAUCUAUCGCCUUUGUGAAUGGUUGGCUUUGAAUUGAAUCACAGUCUUUUGCCAUUUUUGUCAAUGUGUAUUUUGAGCAAGCUGAUUUCGAACAAUAAUUGGGAGAAAUUGUUCACAGUCUUUGAGCAAGAGAAACGUAUUGGGAAAUCCAAUUUGGUCACCAUUUCACACAAAAAUAUGCGAUCAAUCGUAAGUGGCAAUGGCAAAUCAAGAUCAUGGUUGAAUGUACAUAAUUGUUCAGAAUAAUAAGAAUGAACUGAUCCAAAUCAAUAUUUACAAUGAGCAUAUUGAUCGUAAAUGUGUGUGUUACGAGGCCCUGAUCGUAGUUGUACAUUGGACUCUGUUGUUAAAUCACUUCUUUAUGGCUGAAUGCAGACACACAUUAAUUCUCGUUUGCUUUGUUCCAUGAUAUCUGUAAACUUGUGAAUAUUUGUAAAUAAUAACAUCGGCUUCACAUUAA